AAAUGUUCAGAACCUAUAACUCGUGUACACUGUGAUAUCGAAAUUCGUCGGAAUGUUAUCUGUCAAAAUACACACUUGGUAAUGUAGGACAACAACGAGGAUUGCAUCUACCCCCUCGAAGAUGGCGCCAGGCGAGACUGUGCCCAGGUGAGUCGGCGUACGGCGCAUGCGCGCGACCCAUCGCCUCGCUUGAGCCACGCUCGGCCCUUGGCGUCAGUAGUGGUGCGGCGCCUGUGGUGAGGGUUGGUGUUUUUCAUCGCAGCCGAGACAACAGACCGAUUCACCGGGAUAUUAAUAAAAAUGGGCACAACCUAGUUCGCACGGGAAGAUUCACCGGAAACGACCGUCGAAGAUGAUGUGUUACGUUAUUUGACCAACGCCGUCGAUCAGCAAUAUAAAAAUUCAGUACAAAGUAAAAACGCGGAACGAUUUUUAAAAAAAUCGAACGAACAAACAAACAAACAAACAAACAAAGUAACGAAUCGAUGCCGAAGCGAGGCGAGAACGAGGGAGAAUAGAACUGAAAUUAGAUUCGUGAAAAGAAGAGAAACGAUAGAGAUUCUCGACGAUACAACGAGAGAAAUCGAAGGAGGAGACAAGGAAAGGGGCCGGAUGCGAGGACAAUCUUCACCGAAGUUACCUAAUUAAUUACUUAAUCGGACGGGAUCUCGCGAAAUCCGAUAUUUCUUGACGACCGAGAGAUCUCUGAUUCCUUUGUAAAUGUAUUAUUGAAAGUUAAUGAUAAUAACGAGAGGUUGUUUAUCCAUCGUAUUGUCAUCGUCGCGAUUUAAUUAUUGUUAAUGUUAAGAGAUAGUUGCUGUUUUAAGAGAGAGAGAGAGAGAGAGAGAGAGAGAGACAGAUAUCGAGACGACGACUGAUGUCGGAGAAACGAGAUACAUAUUUUGAUUGUUGUUGCACGGAGAUACAAUCAAUAACGAGAAACGAGAAUUCGAUGAUUAUGAUUAGAGAUUUAAGAAAGUAUAUGUAGGUGUUGAAACUUGUGCGACGAUAUAUAAAUAUAUAUAGAAAUAUAUAUAUGUAUAUCUAUAUAGAUAUAUAUAUAGAAAGAGAGAGACAGAGAAUUAUAUAGAAUAGUUUGUGUCCAUGGGGUCCAUGUUUAAAGAGAUUAUCUAGAGAAAAUAAGGUCGUUUUUAUUGUUGCUAUUUAAAGAGAAGGGGAACAUUAUCGGAAGAGCGAAGGAACAAGAAAAGAGUCGAAGAAGAAUCAUCAACUACUACAAAGAGAGCGGACUGCAGAAUAUUUUCGUGAGAAGGGAGAGAAUGUUGCACUGAAGCCGAGGGCUUAAGGAUCGCCGGGAUGAAUCUGGAAGUGGAGCUGAUCGCGGGGGUGAUCAAGGGCGGACCACCCCCAAAAAACUUGCCAGCGCCGAGGCUGAUUAAAAUUUUCAUCGCUGGAGAAUGGAACGAGUUCGUCUCGGAAAGGAAACAGUUUUUGGAACUCGUCGGGCCGGAACUGCAAUCGAUGUAUGACGACAUGGGUAUCGAGGUGUUAUUAGUGGACAUGCAUUAUGCAACGAACGUGAAUCCCGAUCGAAAUCCGUUUCUAGCCGAACAGUUUCUCGAUGAGAUACGUGCCGCACAUCAACAUUCGAGGGGCUGUUUCUUUUUGGUGUUGGUCGGCGACGAAUACAACGCAGGAUGGCUGCCGACAAAGCUCGCCGAAGAUACUUACGAAAUUCUUUCGAGUCACUGCUCAAUGAUGGAAGAAUAUUACGAACGCGACAGUAAUAAUUGCUACAUCCUGAAGGCUGGCAGAUACGGUACAGUAGAAGACAGUUGGCAGAGCAAAGAACCAACGAUGAGGGAAGCUUUGAAGAAAGCGGCAGAAGCCAUUGUUUCAGAGAAACGCGACAAUGAGGAAAUCAGACAAAUAUUGAAGAGCACUGCGGAAAGACAAUUGGAGUACGCCUUAACGUUGGACGAAACUCGAGAGGGGAUCAUAACGGUGGUGCGAACAUGGAAAGGGAAGAAAAGUCCAAGGUCGGUGGCGUCGUUGAAAACUCUGGCGUCGGAUAAUCUUCCGUCGGACAACAUAAUAAACGUGGAAGUAGAACAGGAACCCGGCGGUAUUAAUCCGAACCACAGGUCGCACAAGGUCUACCUAUCCCACGUGUGCCGUUUGCUGGUGAACCGAGUGCAAACUCUGGUUAACGCGUCCAUCGAGGCCGACCCCGAGAUGAAAAGCAAAAAGAAAAUGGUGCAGGAGGUUUACGCCGAGAGCCUGAUGCACCUCGCCCUUCUCAGGAACGUGAAACCUUGCGAGGAGACCAACGAACACAUACAACGGAUUAAGGAGCUUUUAAUAUCCGGUAAAUGCCAGAAGCAUGGUCCGAUACUGGUGAAGGGUGGAAAAUAUUCCGGUAAAUCGUCUCUGCUCUCGAGGAUUUACAUGGAAGCGAGUUCCUGGCUGGGUUCCACGACAUUUCCAGUAGUUCGGCUCUGCUCCUCCACCCCCCGGUCCGCUUACAGUUUAGAGCUGCUUCGAGUACUAUGCCAACAUAUCGGAUUCCUCUCGGGCCAAUUGGACGGUACCCUGCCGAAAGACGCUUCCUUCGACCCGCUCUAUUUGAACAACUGGUUCGGCCAGAUCAUGAGAAAGAUCGAGGAGGAGCCUCUGAAGGAACAGCUGUUGAUCCUGAUCGACGACCUGCAUCGGCUGCUCCCCCUGGAAUGCGACAUCAUCGCCGCUCUGUCGUGGCUGCCUUUAAAUUUACCUGCAGGGGUGCAUCUGGUGGUAACGACGGCCAUUCCGCCGGAAAUGCUGCGGUUGACGCCAACGCAGAAGGAACGGCUCCGAAGUUCUCAGAUCUUGGUCGAACUUCAAGAUCCACCGUUGGACGCGCAGGACGCGGAUAACGUGUUCGAUCAAUUAGAGAAACUGGUGGGUCGGUGUGCCGCAGACAGGCUCGGCGCGAUUCUGGCCUCCUCGGAGUACGGUCUCUCUGAGACCGAAGUCCUCGAAGUGAUCAUGCCAACGAUCGAAGACGGCCCGCUAUUUCUCAAGGACGGGAAAUACAAUUUCUCGACGUGGACGUUGGCCAGAAGAACGUUCGCCGAUUAUUUGAAGGUUUGCGUGAUGAGCGGAAGACUGUUGUUCUCGUGGCGCUAUCCGAUCCGAGAUCUGGCGAGAAAACGGUACUUCGCUAAUCAGGAGAUCCUGAAGAGCUACCACGGCGAGCUGGCGAACCUCUUCUUCUCGGAGGAGUUCGAUGAGAAGGACGACAAGUCGUCGCCGGAAGAAGAGACGCCAAAGAAGACGCCGUUUCAGAGUAGACCGAGAUCCAACGACACCGCGUACAACUUGAGGCACGUGGAGGAGGCUUGGCUGCAUCUUCUGAGGGCCGGGGACGUCGAGAAACUGAAGAAGUUGGCCGUGUGCGCCUUCGACUUUCUGCUCGCCGCGGUACAAAUGGUCUCAGUUAGCUAUUUGAGGUGUGUCUUGGAGCAUUCGCGGAGGUACUUGCUGGAGAGAGACUUGGAGUUGGUGUAUUACACCGUGAGAAAGUGCAGCGACAUUUUGACGAGGGAUCCCCUGCAACUGGGAGCCCAGCUCAUCUGCUGGCUGAGACCUGUCGCCGAAGAUUGCGGAGACUUGGUGAGCAGAAUGGUAACAGCGGCGAUGGCAUGGUGCGACGGCUACACUGCGCCGUUAUUAGUGCCAUUGAAUGGAUGGCUGCAGCCACCCUUGCCCCUACAAAUUCGCACGCUCUCUUGCCCGCAGGGGGUCAAACUGGUCGAGGUCGCUCCCUCCGGGCAACACGUUAUCGUAGUGCCCUUUCAAGGGGACGCCCAACUCUGGCACGUUAUGUCCUCCCAGUUGGUCCACACGUUCAAAGGCCACUCGAACCCAAUAUCAUGCUUAGCCGUGACACAACACUCGCAAUACUUGCUGACAGGCUCCGAGGACACUUCCAUCAUCGUUUGGGACAUGAAAGAAUUCAGUUUAAAGCUAAGAAUACGAGAACAUAUCGCUCCCGUUCUGUGCUUGACCACUGCGCUCAAGAACACUGUGAUUGUCAGCGGCGGCGAGGACUCUAGGAUCAUCAUCACGAGCCUGCUGACCGGCUACGUUCUGAUCAAGGUCGACCAUCAUAGAGGUCCGGUGAACUCUGUCCGCGUCAAUUCGGCCGGCGAGAUCCUGGUCUCCGGUUCGUCGGACUGCACCGUCUGUCUCUGGUGUCUGGAGAGGUUCACGUUGCUGAAGAGCAUAACUCUGCCAACGGCGGUGAUGAUGCUGGACGUGUCCGCCGAUUCGUUGUUCCUGCUGGCCGCCUGCGAGGACCAGAAGCUGUACCUGAGGUCCCUUGCCACGGGCACCGAGAUUCAUACCUUGAGGGGCCAUCAAGGCGACGUGAAGAGCAUCUGCUUGGCCAAGGACUGUAGAAGAGCCGUCGUGGGCGGGGCCAAGGGCAAGGUCUCCGUCUUCGACAUGCACAGCGGUAGAUUGACCAGAACGUUGCCUGCCAAUCCCUCUGCCGAUGUCUCUGCUGUCAAGGUAACAGAGAAGGACGACUUCUUGAUCACGGCGACCGGCGACAGAGUCACCUAUUGGAGUUUCCGGGGCGAGGAGGCCUUCCCGAAGACCCUGAAGUCUGGGAAACAGGAAUCUCUGCACCCUCACACAGCUUCGAUCUCCUGUUUGGACAUUUCUAGAGACGGAGCGAUGGCAGUCACCGGCGGCGUCGACUCCAUCGUGAAUCUCUGGCAGUUGAACACCCACGAGCUGCUCUCCACUUUCGAGGGACACAUCGCCAGCGUGACCUGCAUCGCUUUCUCUGCUUCCGGGUUGUUCGUUGCAUCCGGCUCAGAGGAUAAAACGGUCCGAGUCUGGGGUCUGACCUUGGGCCUGAUGGUGGCAACGUUCAGGCAUCAGGCCCCUGUCACGUCGGUAACAGCUAUGUUCGACGGCCGAAGAAUCGUCAGCUCGGACAGGAGUGGCGCCAUUCGAGUUUGGGCAGCUGAUUCCGGUACUCUGAUUCAAUCCGUUGGCGGACGUGGUCGGUGCAUUACGGUUUCCACCGACAUGAAGUUUGCGGUGUGCGACACGGGAGACAAUCAAGUACGAAUAGUAAGCUUGGGGACCGGCCCGGAAGAGAAGUACCAAGUGUCGCAUUCCCAGGACAUCACCUGUCUCGUGGUCACCCCGGACUCUCAGUCUCUGAUCACAGGCUCCGUGGACAUGAGCCUGAAGGUUUGGCAGCUCGCAGGAGGGAAAUUGUCGCAGGUCCUGGUGGGUCAUACGGACCACGUGACCUGCGUCGCGGUCGCCGUUCUGGACAAGGCAAUCGUGGUGUCCGGGUCGAGGGACGCGAACCUAAUCGUCUGGGACAUCAACACCGGCGCCGACGUGCACACCCUGAAAGGACAUCUAGGCUUCAUAACUUGCGUGAGGCUGUCGGGCGACGGAACCUUGGCAGCGUCCGGUAGCGAGGAUAAGAGUCUGAUCGUCUGGGACACGAAGAAGGGCUGUUCCCUCAGCAGCAUCAUGCUGCACGUGCCGGUGGUGGGUCUGGAGGUGGCUAUGGACAUGUCCAGGCUGGCUCUACACCUGCUCGAGCACAAGUGCAUGCCUAUACUCUGUUUGCACAACACUCCGGCCCAGUAUGUCAAAUUGCCCGACUACGUCGCACCUUGGUGCGACGUCAGGGACAUGAGGCCGGCGGGUCCGAAGAGACCCACGAAGAGAUUGCUGAAGAAGGAGGUGUCGUUGGACAGCGACACUUGGCGCAGGAAGUACGGUCACCUGACAUCAGGGAUGUCGGCGUCGUCGGUGGAGAAUCUUCAGAGACGUUUCAGCGUGAGCACCUCCAUGGAUGAGAUCAGCAAAGUGGGAUUAACGAGCAGUUCGUCGGGACUGGGCCCGGAACAAGCUGCUCUUGCCCAGUCGCAACAUUUUGACCAAUUAGAAGCGCUUUGGAAUAUACAGUCACCGCCAUCCAGGUCACGAUCACAUGGUAGAACCUUGUCCAAGCAGAGUUCCCUGCAGGCCACACGGAUCUCCGACUCUGAGGAGGAGGGUCUACCGGCUUAAGGCACAGUCACAUUAGAAAUCAAAUCCUGAGAGUCUAAUCUCUGGAAGAUCCUAAUCAUCGUACCUUCUUCUCCAUUCGACCAGUAGAGGAACGAUGGAGAAACAAAUAAUGGAACAAAUAGGAAAAGAAAAAAAAAUACAAAAGUACGUCCCCCGCAGCAAUGCUCUAAGUUACGAAAUAUUCUCGUGUGUCCGAUGCAAUAAACGUGUGUGUAUGGAAUAUACAUCUACACGCGUAAUAUCGAUAUUUAAAGAGGAAUAAAUUGAAGUGGUUUAUUUUCAUCGUUCAUCGCCCCACCUGCUCGCGAACGAUUAUAUUUUCGUUCGACGUUGUUAGUUUACCAACAAAACUCGUUUUGCAAUGAAUUUUCUGGCGACUUUAUUUCGCAGAAAUAACAUGUAUAUAUUAUAUAUUCUUAUUUAUACAUAUAUUAAUCGUGAUUAACACUUUACCUACUGGAACCAAUGAACGUUUCAACGAUUGUGCUGUACCGGGGAAAAAUUGAAAUAAUAUAUCGAUCUAUGAAUAGAUUUGCUGUCGCAAAUGACAAAUGUUUUUUCUAGAAUUUGCGAAGUCACUUUUGGCAGGUAAAGUGUUAAUUAACGGGCAAGAUGCAAAUAUUUUACGCUUACAAAAAUAAUCAUUUACAAAUUGCAAUGUAUGUUUACUAGACUGCAGGCGUUACACAUUUAUAAUAAUAAUUUAUUAUAAUUCCUCUUGUGUGUGUGGAACAACGUGACAUGGAAAAAUAUUUGUGUUGGUUGAGUGAGAUUGCCAUUUUUAUCGGAGUCCAGCGAAAUCUUGUAAAAGAAACUUCACUUGAAUAUUUAUAUUUGCAUAGAGAGCUGCAGUCUAUAGUGUCUACACUUCAAUCUUCUGUAGGUUGAUCUGCGUAAUAAUCCGCCAUUACUCUCCAAGCCCGCGGCGCCAUAAAUCCUUCCGGCGGAUUUUCUCCGGAUUUCGCCAAUUCUACAAUGAAAAGAAAAAUGUUGAUUUGUUAAGUUUAAAUUAAGAAUAACUUUAGAUGCGUAUUUAUUUGCUCGUUGAAUAAUUUUUAAAAAGAGAACCUCCUAUUUUGCACACACAAUUAACUCAAUCGCUGUUACUUCAAUGCCGGUUUCGUAAUCAAUUAAUUUAACGUAACAUUAAUAUUUUUAAUUGUAAGGUUUCUACCAUGUCGUUUUUGUACAUUUGUAUUAGACUGUUGCUUUCGUUCUCGAUGUCAGUGUGAUUAUUAUGUCGGUGUGUACAUUAAUUUAUACAUUAAUUUAUUGUUCGGUGGCCAUAUCGGCAGAUUAUUUUUGAGCCAUUGGCGUCGAAGUGUACCGUGCAUACGUAUUUUCUACAUCGAUAUUCAAUAUUGAUAUUAAUUUCGUAUUUCUACAAUUGGCAUCGAUGUUAAUUCCUUCAGCGGCCCAUAUUGGUAUCCAGCUGAUUUCAGAUCUGUUACUUUCCGACGUUGAUGUGUACUGUUAAUGCACAUGUUGUCCAUCAAUGUUUAGUAUUAAUGUCAAUCUUGAAUUCAAACAUCCGAUAUCUCAAUAUCAAUUUUGUACAUUUAUAUUAAAUUGAAAGUUUUAUUUCCGAUAUUUAA